AUGGUUGAUCUUGGACUCGCGAUCGCACUUGGCUUCAACUUGGUCGUCGGGCUCGUCCUGAUCGUCACCACCGUCAUCCUGUGGAUGUCCGUUUCCGGGAAGGCGGCAUACCUAAAGAACAACCCAUCGCAAGUCAGCACUUGCAUCGAGCCGAUCCAGUCAUCGGAGAUGCCGAUCGCCGUCGUUUGCACCAUCGCCAACUGCCUCCAGAUGCCGUUGCAAGAUGUGGCUCAAGAAUACGUGAAAGAUCAGCAGCAGCGUGCCGCCCUCGUGCUGGCCAACUUCCGCAAGGACUCGCUGACCCAAUACUACCUGCAGAAGUACCCCGCCAAGUUCAUCACCCACGGCUACAUCGGCGAGGAGAUGCUCGUGCAGAAACAA